UGAACAGCUAAACAGACUUUCAACCAACAAGAAACGCAACCAUGUCGGCAGAGGCUGCAACUGAAACCACCCCGGCUCCGGCUCCGGCGGCAACUGAGCAGAAGGAGAACUUCGCAGAUGUCACAUUGACCAAAUACAAGACUGCCGGCGAUAUUUCGUCGCGUGCAUUGAAGAAGGUCGUAUCCCUUGCCCUCCCUGGCGCAACGCUUCUCUCGCUCGCCGAGGCUGGUGACAAGGAGCUGUUGGCAGGAGCUACAUCCGUGUACAACAACAAGAAGAACAUGCCCAAGGGUAUCGCCUUCCCGACGACUGUCUGCGUCAACAACGUCAUCUGCAACUAUCGCCCGCUUCCGAUUAACCUCCCGCCGCCAGCCGCUGCAGAUGAGGAGGGAGGAAAGGAGAAUGAGAACGGCAGUGCUGCCAGCGCAAACCCUGCAUCAGGCGCACAACAAGAGCUCAAGGCCGGCGACGUGGUCAAAUUCCAGCUCGGUGCACACAUUGACGGCUACUCGUCGAUCAUUGGCGAGACGAUCGUCGUCCCUGCCUCAGAGGGUGCUAAGGCCGAGCCGGUUACAGGCAAAGUCGCCGACUUGCUCAAGGCGAUCAAGACGGCAGAGGAAGUGGCGUUACGUGUGAUGAAGCCGGGCGCGUCGAAUAUCGACGUUGCCAAGCAGAUUGAGCAGGCGAUAAAGGAGUUCGAGGGUGUCCGGCCCGUUGAGGGGAUGCAGACGAACCUGAUGGACAAGGACGUGAUCGACGGCAAGAAGAAGAUCGUCGUUGCGCCAGAUGCAUCGAGUCGCCCGGACGCAUGCAAGCUCGAAGCCGACGAAGUGUACGGUAUCGACCUGCACGUCACCACCUCCGCCGACGGCAAGUCCAAGACGGGCCUGCACGCGACGACAAUCUACAAGAAGACGGGCUCAACAUACCUGCUCAAGAUGGCCACCUCGCGCAAAGUCUUUUCCGAGAUCGCCAAAAAGGCAGGUGCGUUCCCCUUCAACAUCGGCUCCAUCCUGCCCGUGGAGGAGCUUCCUCGUGCACGCAUGGGCGUGCAGGAGUGCGUCGCGCACAACCUUGUCACGCCGUUCGAGGUGCUGCACGACGGAUCGAGUAGUGCAAUCACCGCGCAGGUCUUCCUCACCAUCGCUGUCAACAACAAGGGCGCCAUCCGCCUUAGCCCCGAGAACCCCAGUGGGUGGUACAGCUCGGACAAGGUCAAGAGCGACAAGGAGGUCAAGGACGAAAAGCUCAAGGAGCUCCUCGCGCAGCCCGUUAGGCAGACCAAGAAAGCCAAGAAAGCCGCCGCGGCUGCGAAGGCUUGAAGAGCGCGGGCAUGGACAUGUGUUCGUAGGCGAUUGAUCAAUGUAACAUCAACAGCACCAGCGAGGACCAAACGAACAUGUUUCAGACUCUUGAAA